AUGGGCAGCAUAUCUCCGCCUUCGCCAGAAUUUGCAACACCACUCACCACAAAAGUCCAAAAUGAUCGCCUCCGACUACUCAACAAGCUCAAAUCCGGAGACUACCCCGUCAUGACAUUCAUGGCAAUUCCCUCCGUCCGCAUGGCCCAAAUCGUAGCCCUCACAGACCUCGACGGCAUCAUCAUCGACUGCGAACACGGCCACAUCGGAGACGACGCAAUGCACAACUCCGUAGCAGCAAUUUCCGCACUCGGCGUGUCACCCAUCAUCCGAAUUCGCGGUCCAGCUCACGAUAUCAUCAAGCGGGCUCUUGAUACAGGAGCACACGGCAUCAUGGUCCCUCAAAUCAAUACAGCAGAAGAAGCAGCUCAAGUCGUAGCGUCAUCUAAGUUUCCGCCUCAAGGAAUUCGAGGCCAGGGAUCGGCGUUUCCUGCUAUCGGUCAUGGUCUCACAACACCAGAAUACAUGAAAUCCGCGAAUGAAACGAUUAUUACAAUGAUUCAAAUCGAAACUCGCGAGGGGUUGGAAAACGUCGACGCGAUCGCUGCUACACCAGGCGUAGAUUUGAUUUUCAUCGGACCUAAUGAUCUCGCGCAAGCUUUACUGGGCUAUGUGCCAGCUCGAGGAGAUGAGCCAGAAUUCGUCAAAGCGAUCGAGAAAAUUGUUGGUGCGGCGAGGAGACAUGGGAAGUGGGCGGGAAGAAUGGUGAAUAAUGGUGUUACAGCGAAAGAAGCGAGAGGGAAGUAUGAUACUGUGGCUAUGACGGGUGAUACGAAGGCGAUUCAGAAUUGGUAUGUUAGUGAGUUGGUGACUGCUAGGUCGUAG